AACUUCUAGAGUCCCACAGAGUGCAUGUUUGGGUUUCGCUCCCCACUGGUUUUAAAUGGAGGAUACCAGGUCUCUGAUAAUCUAAUCAUCAGACAUGCUGGGACCAUAUGUGCAAUUUGCUUAAUGAUUACAGCAGUGAUUGAAGAGUCACUAAGGACUGCAUGAGAACACAAUAAGACUCUCUCAGGAUGUCAGAAGAAACUACCGACGUGUUGACGAGCAUCCAGAAGAAACCUGGACUGCAGAUAUGGACCAUCAAUAGCAUGAAGAUGGUUCCUGUGCCCGAGCAAGCCUAUGGGAAUUUCUUUGAGGGGGAUUGCUACAUUGUCCUUCAUGUGAGUCAUAAAUCCCCUCAGCGCACUGACAUCCACUACUGGAUUGGGAACUUGUCCUCCCAGGACGAGCAAGGAGCGGCCGCCAUCUAUGUCACCCAGCUGGACGAGUUUCUGGGGGGCAGCCCUGUCCAGCACAGGGAGGUGCAGGCCAACGAGUCGUCCAAGUUCAAGAGCUACUUCAAGAGCGGACUGAUCUACAAGAAGGGUGGAGUGGCAUCUGGGUUCCAGCAUGUGGAGACCAAUGCUUUCAACAUCCUCAGACUGCUGCAUAUCAAAGGGACCAAACACAUCAUGGCCACUGAGGUGGACAUGUCCUGGAACAGUUUUAACAAGGGCGACAUAUUCCUGCUGGAUAUGGGCAAAGUGAUUGUGCAGUGGAACGGUCCCCAGAGCAACAGGAGAGAGAGACUCCAGGCUGUUCUCCUGGCCCAGGACAUCCGGGACAGGGAGCGAGGGGGUCGGGCUCAGAUAGGCGUGGUGGAGGGGGCGCGUGAGGAAGACUCCCCUGAGCUGAUGAAAGUCAUGAAGGCUGUGCUCGGCCAGAGGUCUGGGGGGCUGAGAGACGCCACUCCUGACGACAGGCCAGACCUCAACCAGAUGGCCAGCAUCAGACUCUACAGUGUUUCAGAUGCAAGUGGGAACCUUAUGGUGCAGGAGGUGGCCAGUCAGCCACUGACCCAGGAUCUGUUACGUUCCACUGACUGCUACAUAGUGGACCAGGGGGGCAGGCAAGUGUUUGUAUGGAAGGGAAAGCAUGCGUCUAAAGAGGAACGCCGUGCUGCGCUCUCCAGGGCUGUGGGAUUCAUCAAGGCUAAAAACUACCCGUCCAGUACUGGUGUGGAGGUGAUGGGCGAUGGAGGGGAGUCGGCCAUGUUCAAGCAUCUCUUCAAGGCCUGGACUGAGGAGGGCCAGACGCAGGGUCUGGGGAGAACCUACUCCAUGGGCAAGAUAGCUAAGGUGGACCAAGUGACGUUUGAUGUGAUGGAGCUUCAUGCCCGCCCUGAAAUCGCAGCACAGGAGCGCAUGGUAGACGAUGCCUCAGGAGAUGUGAAAAUCUGGCGCGUCGAGAAUGGGGAACUUCAGGAACUUCACCCCAGCUCUUUCGGGCAGUUCUAUGGAGGAGACUGCUACCUGGUGCUGUACACCUACAUGAGGGCUAACAAACCACAGUACAUCCUCUACAUGUGGCUGGGACGCCACGCCACCCAAGAUGAGAUCACGGCUUGUGCCUAUCAGGCCGUUGCCGUGGACAACAAUUACAAUGGAGCUCCCGUUCAGGUCAGAGUGACCAUGGGCAAGGAGCCACGCCAUUUUCUGGCCAUUUUCAAGGGCAAGCUCAUCAUUUUUGAGGGUGGCACAGGUAAGCCAGGGGUGGUGAGCCCCUCCACUGAUGCCAGGCUCUUCCAGGUAAAGGGUACACAUGAGCUCAACACCAAGGCGACAGAGGUGCCCGCUCGUGCGUCCUCCCUCAACAGCAACGACGUGUUUCUCCUGAAGAGUGACCGCAUGCUGUACCUGUGGUAUGGCAAGGGAUGCAGUGGGGAUGAGAGGGAGAUGGGGAAGUAUGUGGGUGGCGUUCUGUCCAAGCAGGAUAAGGAGGUGGUGAUGGAGGACCAGGAACCGGCUCAGUUCUGGGUGGCCCUUGGAGGCAAGGCUCCCUACGCCAACGACAAGAGGUUCGAGAAGGAGGAGCCUCCCCACAGCCCUCGGCUGUUUGAGUGCUCAAAUCAGACGGGCCGGUUUGUCAUGACGGAGGUGCAGGACUUUGCUCAAGAUGACCUUGAUGAGGACGACGUCAUGCUGCUGGAUACCUGGGAGGAGAUCUUCUUGUGGAUUGGCAGCUCGGCUAACCAAUACGAAACUGAGCAGGCUUGCAACAGGGCGCUCGAGUACCUGAGGACACACCCAGCUGGGCGGGACCCUGAGACGCCAAUCAUCUCAGUCAAGCAGGGUUAUGAACCUCUGACCUUCACUGGCUGGUUCAAUGCUUGGGACCCCCAUAAGUGGAGUGGAGGCCUGUCCUAUGAAGACAUGAAGAGAAAGCUGGGCGAUGUGGCCUCCCUAUCCCAGAUCACUGUGAACCUGAACAACGCCAGUCUGAACAAGAGAUCUGAGGGUGGCGGGGGCAAAUACAGUGCUCCAGGGGGCCCAGUCAGUGGCAGCCCUCCUCCUGCCUACAAGCCCCAAGGGUCACGGGGCCCAUCUUACAGUGCCAGCGCUCACAUCUCCAUCAGUAGCUCUAACAACGGCUCCAACAGCAGGAACUCUGGGAGAUGGAGUCCUGACCAGAUCCUGAACAAAGCCCCAAAUGAGCUGCCCACAGGCGUUGACCCCAGUAGGAGAGAGGACUACCUAUCGGACGCCGAUUUUGAGGGUCUUCUGGGCUGCACUAAGGGUGACUUCCAGCGCUUGCCCAGAUGGCGACAGAACGAUCUCAAAAAGAAGGCGGGGCUCUUUUGAGCAUAGCUCAAUCUUCUUAAAAGGGCACAUUAGAUAAGAUAAUACUUUUAUUUAUGUUUGUUGUAUGUUGCUUGGAAUUGAAUCUUCCGAAUUGAGAGUCACUGUUUGACAGAUACCACAAAUCACAUUAUUUAUCUCAAAAAGGGCAGUUUUUAUCUUUACUGAUUUACUGUAACAUACACAACUCACUAUUUGUACUGCGUAUCUUAGACUGCCAUUCAUAGACUAGUAUAGUUGAGAUUUGCACCACAACGGAAAUAUUCAGUUUAAUCGCAUUGUGCUGCUUUGUUUCAGACUCACUGUCCUAGUGGUUAUUAUUAGUCAAGUAUUUUGAAUCUCAUAUCAUUAACUACAUAAAUCUACUACUUUAUUAUAUGAAUUAUAUAUACAAGCCUUACAUUGUUAUUGCUGACUGUUGUGCCCAAAUUAGAGUUGUUGUAUUCCAUUUAAGAUUGUUUAAGAAAUAAAAUUUGUUUAGGCAUGCAAUCUUUCUUUUUGCUUGGAUGAGAUAAGAGAAAUGUUUUCAAAAUGUUAACAGUUUAUUUAAUGCAUUUGCAACUUAAUGAUAAUGUUCACUAGCAAAAGAUGACUACUCUAAAAGACUAAUGUUGAUAACAUUACAAAGACUUGAUAAAACAACAUUACACUUUA